UGUAAACGAUUUAAAUGAUUAAAUGAAAAAUAUUUAGGCAGUGAAUGAAGAGCAAGUGACCAGCUUGAUUGGAUAUGAUGUCGCCAUUUUGUGAAUUCUUGAUGGAAAUAUGGGAUUAGAGUCGGUGGAAGAAAGCAUGUGAAAGGCUCUACAAGGGAGUUUCAUGUCGCAUCUUUUAACUAGAAUCGAAGGAGGUCUGUGAGUGAAAGAUGCCUUUGAUAAAGCGUAUAGUCGAGCCAGUCCAUGUGAGUAAUGUAGGGGUACACCCAGGUGUAAGGAAUGAGUUAGAAUGUGUAGCAAACAACACACUAGCUAAUACUAUUCGCCAGUUGAGCAGCUUGAGCAAACAUGCUGAGGACCUGUUCACUGAGCUGUUUUCAGAAGCCUCUUCUGUGUACAACAGACUUAACCACUUGCAGUCUCGCAUGGAGGAUGUACACAGAAAGGUGAAACAAUUGGAUGCCACUGUUGAAGAAGUGUCAUUACAAGAUAUACAUCUUCGCAAACCUUACCGAAGCAAUAUUGCCCCUGAUCAACAAGUUGUUUCAAGUUCAACCAUGCCAAAUGCUAUGCGGAUCACUUACCACCAGUGUGACAGGGCUCCAGCUUUGGAAAAACUAGACAGAUUUCGGGAGGAUGGAAAAGAUAGUAUCAAAUUUUAUACAGAUUCUCAUUUCUUUGUUGAUUUCUGGUAUGCUGAGAUGCAAAAGGAUAUUGAACAGAAAAAGACAGAAAUUAAAGCAAGAAAAAAGAGAAGUGUUAUUUUCAGUGCAACUUCUAAGCGUCCCAAAAUACAAGAAGCCCGGCAUAUUCGCCCUGUAAAAACCAAGAAAGACGAGUAUCAGAAAAUGGCUCUAGGUGUAGAAUUUAGUGAUUAUCAAACUCCUAAUAUUCAUGGCCCUGUCCAAGGUAAAGGCCAUCAUCGCAGAGGGCAGCCACACCAAGGCCACCCACAACAGCCGUAUCAACAGCGCCCCGAUAGCCUUGAGAUAGCUUCGACUCCGACUGGUAGUAUGGGAAUCCCAGAAAUGCUGUACGAUAUGACCAACCCUGAUGUCAUUCCGAAUGGUUAUGCUAGUCAGAUGAAUGGACCGUAUUCGAUGGUGAAUCACACUCCCGGAGGAGAGAACCUGACUCCUGAACACUCAGCAGGGCUUCCAAAUCGAAACAAUGUACAAUAUAUGCAAGGCAAUCAAAUGUCUCCUUCUCAUGCUGUGGGGCACCAUGGAAGAUCCACUGCACGUGCUCAGAACCUGAACAGUGCUAGACCAUCCAGGCCGCCCCCUGAUCCUCCUUCAAUGCCGGGUACACCGAAGCACGAUCCAAUAAGGAACAGUCCAAUUGUGAGAGAGAGUCUUCCUCCACCGCCUCUCCCACCUGAUCAACUCGAUGAGCUGUCCGACAGCUACCCAGGAAGUCCUGACACGACUCCUAAGCACGUCUCCUCGAAGACACAGAAUUACACGGAUAUCAACAGUGGUUCACCGGCACGAAGCAGUGACUCGCCAAGCCGUCACCCGCCCUACGGGAAUCAAAACCGGACUCCCGACAGCGUGGAGUUUCCCCUACCCCCGUCGCCACCUAGCACCCAUUCCUCCGGCACACCGGUCAGCUUGGAUUCAAUGCCGCCGCCCCCGUCUCCUCCGCCACCACCACCACCACCCCCUCUGCUGCCGGUUGGUGGGGCUCAAACUUCGAAUUUAUCUGUUGUUAUGCAACCAGAUGCUGUGUCCAUUUCAUCCACCACAAGUUCAUUAACCACAACUUCUCUUGGUUCGGCCGGCAAAGUAGAAGACAUCCUGAAGCCAGCCACUGGACAAGAUCGCAGUGCACUCCUCGAAGAGAUCAGACUUGGCGAAUGGUACAAGAAAUUACGCCGUGUUGAAGACCGUAAAAAACAAGAACAACAGAAACGACAACCACAGGGAGGCAGGUUCGAUGUUCAAGCGAUCAUGGAUCGAGCAAUAGAAAUCCGGAGGAAAGUUCUUGAAGCUAGUGAUAGUGAAGAAGAAGCAUUUUCCGACGAAAACGAAUGGGAUUCUGAUUAACGAUAACGACGAUGAUAAUAAUAAUAAUAAUAAGGAUAAUAAUAAUAAUAAUAAUGAUGAUGAUGACGAUGAUAAUGAUGAUAAUUAUAAUAACAACAAACAGCAAACAAAACGACGAAAGAUUUCAAAUAAUAGACCCUCUCCCCUUUCCCCUGCUCUGCCCCCACUGGAAAAAGAAAAACAAAUUAUACAAAGCAAAUACAAAUACGCACAUAUAUUAUAUACACAUACAUGCAUGCUUACCAACAUACACAUACACGCACAAGUACACACAUACACAUUCAGUUGGGUGCAUAUACCACAGAUAUCCAUUGUAUCUUUGUCCUUUUCCAUGUGAACUUGGAUCGAAAGUGUUAUUACAAUGACCACCACCACCACUAUUACUAUGAUUAAACAAUGGAUUUGUCCUGCUCCUAUUAUUUUUAUCAUUAUUAUUAUUACUAUUAUAUACAUAUAUAUAUAUAUAUAUAUAUAUAAAAUUUUAUUUUGGCAUUGCUGUUGCGUACUAUUAAAAAAAAAACUACAAGUACUUCUUACAUGGCUUUCAUACCCUUGACUUCGAUUUAUGUAUGAUGGUGUCUACCUACCUACCUACCUACCUACCUAUCUACUUACCUACCAAUCUGUCUAUUUAUCUAUCUAUCUAUCUAUCUGAGUGAUCGAUUGAUCUAUCUAUCGAUCCAUCCUAUUGGAACGCUCCACUGGUUGCAAUUUGCAUUUAUUUAUAUAUUUUUUUUUUUUACUCUCCCGUGCUCCUUCUCUCCUCCUCUCGUUCUCCACUUCUUCGUUCCUCCUUCCUUCCCACCCCUCAACAAUAGCCAACACAUUUUCGAUGAUUCGAUUCGUAAGAAAAACAACCUCUCCACCAACACGUACAUGUACACACACACACACACACACUAGUUCUCCACAGUAUUCUUCGAAGAGAAAGUUUUUUUUUUUUUUUUGUACAGUAACAAUGAACUUGAAGAAACUAGAAAGCAAGAAAGAAAGAAAGAAAGAAAAGGAAAAAGAAGCAAGCUACUGAAGGGAUCAACUCUGCACUUGUUGUUGUUGUUUUUGUUGCUGUUGUCAUUUAAUCUUUUGAGAACAAAUGAAGCUCCCCUGCCCCCCCCUCUUGCUCCACACCUCCACACAGUGAAAAAGAAGAAAAAAGGAAGGAAGCAAAGAGACAAAAAAAAAAAAAAGAAAGAAUAUUCAGAUAAAAAUUACAAACCAACCAAAC